AUGGAGCUGGACAUGGUGCCCGUGGUGCUGCCAAAGGCAGCAGUGCCUAUCGUUCUGCCUGUACCGCCUGGUGGAGUGAAGGUCCUGCCCCGUUGGGCGGAGGAAGACGAGGUCUCCAGAUGGAGGUUGAGAUAUAGACCGCAUGUUAAAACAGAUGUGGGCAGUGAGUUUGAGGAGGGUGCUUCAUGGGUGGAGCUGGAGCUGCGCAACUUCACCCGCGAACUGCCCCUGUCAAAUUUGGACUUUGGCCUGGUGCAUGAUUUCAUGGUGGCAAUCCAAACACCGGAGGGCUGGUCGGACUGGAGCGUGCCAGCGCAGUGUGAGGCUCCUCCACCACAUCCACCUGGAAAGCUGUCUGCUCUCCUGCCACGGGUGCUUGACCUGUCUUCAGUGAAAGUGCGCUGGACGCCACCCCUGGACACUGCCACUGUGGCACCGGGUUUGAAAAUUCAGCACUACAAGAUCCUCGUUACCUGGGUACCGCGUCAGGGUGAGGAUCCAGCAGCCUGCAGCCGAGAGAUCAUCCUUGAGGAUGAAAUAGACUCCUAUGUCGUCACUGGGUUGGACAGCUUGACAGACUAUACAUUCCAGAUUGCAGCUGAGAACGCAGCAGGCUGGGGUGAGCUCUCAGACCCUACAGUGCCGGUGCAGACGGUGCCGCCUGUGCCUAUUACGCUCAGUCAGCCGACGCUGCGUAGGGCAACGCACCACUCAGCAGUAAUCCAGUGGCAACACCCUCCCUUCUCGGAGGCGCCUGUGUUGUCCUUUUGCUUCCGCCACACAUCGUCGGCCGACUGGAGCAACGACAUCGUGGAUAUCCACGAUGUGCCUCCUACGCUAUCUCAGUAUGUUAUUCAGGGCCUAAAGCCAGGCCAUGUCUACAUCUUCCAAGUCAGGGCUGUGAACAAGUAUGGCAUGGGGAUUUGGAGUGACAGCAGCAUCCCGAUCCGAACGAUGGAUGGGGCUACACCCUCGGCCAUUGAAGACCUGGCAGCCUCAGAGAUAUACAAAUCCUUUAUUCGUUUGAAGUGGCAACCUGUCGAAGAAAACGGAUACCCCAUCACAGGCUAUCGGCUCCGCUACGCCCAUACCGAGGACAUGGCAGAGCCCGUGGAGGCUGUUCCGGCCGUGGUCCGGGACAAGGGCUGCGACACUUGUGACAUCCGGCAUUUGCGUAAGCUGACUUACUAUUUCCAGGUUGCAGCAAUCAACCACCUGGGUAUGGCGGAGUGGAGUGAGCCAGUCUUGGUGGACAUGUCUAAGGCGGGGGCCUUCUCGCAGGCCCGCGCAAAGGCCAGCACGGACUCGAAAGCCGAAGGCACAAAGCCGGCUGCCGGGAAGUCAGCCGAAGAGUUGCGCGAAAAGGGCAAUGCUCUGUUCCGAGAAGGCAACCAUUCAAAGGCAGUUCGCGUAUACGACGAGGCGAUUCGAGCUGACCCGAAGGAUGCGCGAUGUUGGGCCAAUCGUGCUGCUGCCCAGAUGGCUAUGCUCUCUGAGUUUGGCCAGGGGCUUUCACCAGCAGCCAUGCGCACAAAUCCUUACUUUACGAACUCCAUGAACGACCUCACCGAGAGCUUGAAGUUGGACUCAACAUAUACCAAG